AUGUUUUCUAAAAUUGCAAUAUUAUAUAUUCUAAUACAUUCUAAGCCAUUCGUUAAUUGCUCAUAUGAGAUUUGGCCAGAUGCAGCAGAUGACGGCCGAGAGAACCAAACGAAACCAAAAACAUGGCAAGAAAAAGACUAUGGCCAAUGGUGUCGUAAUCGAUCAAUAGUAGAACAUGUAAGAUGUCCAGCCGGUUCCGCACUUCACCUAUAUGUUUGCUGUGGUGUAAGUCAGACGAACUGUUGUUUCCGACUGCAACCAAUCGUUAUCGCAUACGGUGGUGCGAUAUGUCUCAUAGUCAUCAUAUCGUUUAUUUUUAGCUUACUUCUUAAAUUCGAUAUAAUUUGUCGAGUGAAAAAUCCAAGAAAUUCAAUUGAAUAUCAUAAUGUCGCAAAAAUCACUUUUUGA